GCUGCUGGAAGUGUUCCCGUCCCGCCUCACUAGUCCAGUACUCCCUCAACCCCGAGCCUUCGGACCGGGCGUCCCGAACACGACCAACAUGGUUCUCCUGAGGUUCCUGCUCGCUCUUCUCCUCCCAGGUGUGACACUCUCCACAUCCCAGAUAUUCCCCUUCCCAGCUCCUGUGACCGACUGUGUUGAAGCUCACCGUGUGUGCUCCACUGACCCGCAGUGCGAGGCGCUGUACCGAGGCUUGGAGCUGUGCGCUGUCGAUGCAGCAGUCGCACCGCUAGGGGACCAAGAAGCAUCUGAGUGCCUGGAGAGACAGGACGCCCUGUUGGCCAAACACCCGUCACUUCUGGCCUGCAAGUGCCAGCGUGGCUUCAGAAAGGAGGAGAGGUGCCUCCGCAUAUACUGGAGGGUUCGCCUCCUGCCAGGAAAGGAGGAGCUGGAAAUAUCACCCUAUGAUGACUCUAUGAUUGACUCUCGCAUGGCCUCUUUAGUGUCCGGUUCAUCCUUCAUGCAGCUGGAUGGUGAGAACCAGUGCCUGAAAGCAGCACAGGACUGCGGCCUGUAUGAAAAGUGCGGUGCUCUUCGAUCAGAAUACGUGUUGGCCUGCACAAAGCCAAUGCCCAACACCAGCCGAUGCAACCAGUAUAAGUGCCACCGGGCCCUCAGGCGCUUCCUGGAGCGGGUCCCAGAGGAAUACAGCCUGGGCGUCCUGUUCUGCCCCUGCACCAACACCCUGUGUGGAGAGAGGAGGAGAAAAACCAUCGUACCCUCCUGCUCCUACCAGGACGCAGACAAUCUGCAGCUUAACUGCCUCCACCAGCAGAGCUUCUGUCGCCGAGACGACCUCUGCAGGUCCAGGCUUGCUGAUUUCCUCAGUAACUGCCAACCAUCUCAACUGACAGCCAGCAGAUGUUUGAAAGACUCAACAGGCCUCUGCCUCCGAGCCUAUGCUGGGCUUAUAGGAACCAUCAUGACUCCCAACUACAUCAGCAACAACUCUGCUGACGUGUCGCUGUGGUGCAACUGUGAGGGCAGUGGCAACGACUGGCAGGAAUGUCUGCGGCUGCAGCAGCUUUUCACCCACAACAGCUGCCUACGGAACUCCAUCAGCUGGAUGGGAAACCCAGGAUCGCUGCCCUCUGACCCCAGUCAGCCCCCCGCUCCCAGACCAUCUCCACUGGUCCAGAAGGACGAGCUGCUGAACAGUAACCACCUGCCUGAGCUCAACAAUGAUGUGGUCGAGAGUGAGGAAGAGGAGGAGUUGACACAGACGGUGGAAGAGGAGGAGGCUGAUGAAGGUGGCCAGUUUGAUGUGAUCCCUCUGUACUCUGAGAGGGCCACCGUCUCCAACCUGGGCUCAUCUGAGGCAGGGGGCGCUGCAGCGCCCAGCGCCAGCCCCACUAAACCAGUACUGCUGCUUUUUCUGCUCCUAACUACUGCCCACAGCUGGGGGUAGAACAAUAUAUAGAAGAUACACACACAGACAUAUACACACUCUUUCAUGUACACACUCAUAUCAAAUGGUUCUGAAAAUAACACUGGUCCGAUUGCUGAAAAGGUUCAAGAAACAGUAGGAAGAAAUGAACUUUGCUUUUCUUUGUCAGAAGCAUCUUCUUGGUUCUUGACUCCUGUCUUUGUUUUUGUUCUUCACUCCAAACAUGGCAAAUGGCACUUUUUAUUUAUUUGGCUCUGACUACAGUCACUGGGGGUAGAGGGGGUUCCACAUGCUACCUAUAACCAGUGAGCAUACUUUAAUAUGUACUUAAAAUGAGCACACAGAUAAUAGUUUCUUUGUUUGAAGUGGCACUGACAGGAUCUGUGAACGGCUGCUUCACAUUAGCUUAAAUUAUACAUCAGAAAUCUGCUGAUGCGUAAGCAAGUAGCCAAAACAAAAUGUUCACAAAAUGUCUACCACCAGCACUAGCAAUUUGCAAACAUGGCAUAUGUGCUUGAAAAUGGGUAGAAAAGUUGUUAAAGGUCUAGCAUGGAGCGAGUUAUUUACUUAAAAUCAGCACAUUUUGUAAAUUUGCCUUGAUGUUUAAGUAAUUAUUAUUCAAAUGCUAGUUACAGCUAGAAUACCAGGCAGGUAUAAUAAUCCUGUGUGGAGCUGUCUCUCUGCUCCCCCAAAUGCAGGAGAACAUGGAAGUCUGCCUCGGGGAAAUCACUUUUGAACUCCUUUAAACUACAGCUUUUAAUUCUAAAAUGGGAGAAUCUGUAUUCCAGUCAGCUGAGCAGGACGUCAGUGGGGCGAGUUAAACUACCUGUGCUUCUGUAAGCCCAGAAUCAGGAAAACGAAACCCUACAGGGAAAUGACUUUUGGAUUUCAUUAGUUAUGAUUUCACCCAAUUGUCAUGUGACUUUUGAAACAACUUCUAAAUUCUUACAAAAAAAUUAAGAAAAACAAAAUAGGUAUGGAGGUAGAAAUACUUCAGAGUUUUGUGUCUCUGGUAAGUCACAGACCUACCAGUAGAUAGGAUGGUUUGUUACAUCAGAAACAUGUUUCCACCUGCUUUAGUUCAUUAAUUCGUUUUUAAAAAACCAUCUCAAGGAACAUUAAAAGUUUGCAAAAUUAUGGAAGUUAUUUAGAAUUUUGCCAUUUUCAUUAAAUGCGAUACUGCAAACAAACAAACUAAAGUAAUCAUUGAUGGAUAUGCUGCAAUAGUCGAAAUAAGAUUUAUUAGGAUUACUUCUGGAGGCAAUUAGUUGUACUUGAUUUAUUUAGGGGUAUCAGAGUAAAGAUGGCCAAAGAACACGUGACAAUUUCAGAUUUUUAUUCAAAAGUAUAUUUUUUUGUAUGAAAGCUGAGUUGGCCGGGAAGAGCUACUGAUGGUGUCUGUCUGAGAAGGUUUUUUGUCCAUCCCAAAAUGUGUGGAAUAAAAAACAUGUGAAAGCUCAUAAAGUCAAAUAUUGUCAUAUCUUUAGUGUAGAAUUCAUUUAUCCCACUGCAUUGGGUAUCUUAAUUUGUUCAUUUUUAUUAAUUAUUUACAUUGACAAGAUCCAAAUCUUGAUGCAAUAAAUCAACUUUUUGUUUUUUACAUGCAAUAGUUUUAAGUGUAAUCUUUGUAUUCAUGUGUUUCUGCUAUGCCACACAAGCGAGAGGCGCUAACCACAGACAAAGCCGCUUCGCCUGGCCCAAUGGGGUCUUCACUUUUACUUCAAAAACCAAUCUGAUUGGACGCUGGAAAAGACUAUUGUUGUGUUCAAGUUGUGCUAAAAGUAGUUAGCCUAUCAACAAAGUUAUUCAAUCCUAAAAUAGCAUCUCAAUUCUAAACAUGUAGCCGAAGCUGAUGCUAACGCUAAUGUCAACAUCUAUAGAAGCUCCAUGAAAUAUCAGGAGUUUCUGAAAAGGAUAGAAGAACAUUUUGCUCCGAUCUGAUGGUUGGAGAAUGUAAAUAAUAAAUUAAAAAACUAUAAAUAGGCUAUAUUUGUUGUUGAGCUCACAUGUUUAUUUAUUCUGUAAUUUAGCAGCAAAAAGGGGUUUCUGAUGUGAAAUGAUAACUGUUUUGUCAAUAUAUAGUCUUCGAUUAAAAUGCAAUUAAUUAACUACACACCCUGGAAUUAACUCCAUUAAAAAUUUCAAUCCAGUCCCACCUCUAGUUUGAAUUUAUGCAUAUGAGUCAGUAAGUGAGGAACUGGUGCAAACUGGUUUAAGUGGUUGCAUGUGAAAACCCCACAGCUUCGGUCAGAGCCUGUUGUUGGUCCCACUGGGUGUGAAUGAGUCACCCUAACCAUGACUGAGAGGGACGGGGCCAUGGGGGGUUAAUGCUCGUGAACAUUUUGCAGUGAUAUUCUGAGUUCUCUAGACUCUCCAGCCAGCAUGAAUGACAGACGCUCAGUGUGUGAGGAACGUAAGGCAGCAGGUUGGUGAUCUGUGUGUUUGUGCGCGAGCAUUCAGGCAUCAAACAUGCAAAUGUCCUUUGUUAUAAUUCGACUCCAGCGCUUCAUCAUUCCCACCCACGUCAGCACUGCAAAAAAAAAAAAAAGAUGCAUACACACACAUUUGCACACUCGGUCCCCCCCCAACCCUCAACCCCCUCCCCACACGUUCAGCCAAUGCAGCUCUUUCUGGCUUUAUUGCUCUAUUGCUGUCCCCGUCGUCCUCCCUGGUGAUGCAGGACCGGGGCCCCGGCCGCUACAGGCGCCGAUAUGAAUUAAGCCGUCAUAAUAAAAACAAUACACAAGAAACAAUAUGAGCUCUAAAAUAAAAUGGCAGAACAAAUCAAAUUGCUCCCCAGCAGGCAAAAAAAAAAAAAAAACACAUACAGACUUGGAAUAAAAACACUCACUUCUGACAAAGACUGAGACACUGUAAAGGGAAUGAGAAAGAGAGAUAUGAAGGAGAAAUUAAGAAAAAAAAAUAAGGCCAAGUCCCUGAGUGGUCUUUGUGCGUUUGAUGUUUUACUUGUUUUUAGUUGGGAGGCUGAUAAUCAGUCCCUGACAACAUCUCUUUAUCAUCUGACAGGCUCCUGUGGAGAGGGCAGGGUGGGAGGCGUGCGUGUGGGGGCGUGUGUGUGUGUGUGUGUGUGUGUGUGUGUGUGUGGUGGAGGGAGGUGUACAUCAGGCAGUUUUAGAAACAGUGUGCUAUAGCGAGAACAGAAAGGACCCUGGAGCACAAACAGCAGAGAGAAUCGCAGGCUCUUGAUUUUCUGUGUCAUAUAAAUCUUUUGCUGACACAAUUUUUUUUCUUCUUGUUCUUUUUCCUUAUUCCUGGGGAGUGUGUGAAAUUAACUUCCAUCUUACUGGUGGCAGUGACAGCGGAGGGCAAGGGGGAGGAGGAGGAAUGGGGAAGAGGAGAGGCAUGACAGGAGAGGAAGAGCGGAAGGAAACGAGAAAGACUCCAACAACUUACUGGAGACAACAAUGGAGCUAGUUAUUAGGAAGAAAUGAAAAGGCAAAUUAUGGGGAAAAUUAAUUAAUACACUAAUUAAUUCAAAUUAAAUCAAAAGGUACUUCAUAGCUUAAGGGUGUGAAGACUGAUGGAACCAGGUUAUCACUCAUUUAGAAAUGAAAAAGACACAAAAGGCAAGAAGAACGAGAUGCACACAGGAGAAAACAAAAGAGGAAAAAGUGCAAGUGGUCAGAAAAAGGAAGUGAGGUCAGAAAAUAGUUUUAGAAGAGAACAGAUACAAUAAAUUAUUAUAGGUGUUUAUCUUCUUUUUGUCAUGAAAACUCAGUUUUUUCAAUACAAAACAGAAAAUAUGCAAGAUAGAUAGAUAAAUCUUUAUUGUCAUUGUCACAAGAACAACGAAAUUUAAGCAGUGCCAUCAGUCAGUACAUAUGCUUAAAAAUAACUCUCACAAUUUACACACAAUGUAAGAAAUACAUAACAAAUAACUGAUAAAAAACUAAGAAAUAAGAAUAGCCACAUUCACACACACAACAGUCAUGAUGAUUAAUGGUUGUUUUUGAUUGCAUUUAGUUUUGUUAUUGCUGUAGGGUAAAAACUGUCUCUCCAUGUGUUUAUGGAAUAAUAAGGGAAAUGGCAGGAUGAGGUUA